ACGGUCAUGAAAGGUUGCUACCGACGAAGAGCCGGCGUCCGAAACAAACAUUUUCAAAAUAACAUUUCCCAGAGUCUUCCGUUCUGUGCGUGAGUGUACGGUCCGCGACUUUGAGUACGUCUUGAGUGCUUGAAAAAGCAAUGUAAACAUAUCGCCUAUGAAAACUGACCUAGCACAAGAAACGUUGAGGAAGUAACUGACCUAAGUCAAGCUCGAUAAAACGAAACCAGGAUUUGGACAAUAUAAAUGAGGAACAGGAAACCUUUAAAUACAUAGAGAUAGAACUGUAGUUCUUUGUUCAGUACUUACACAUUAAUAGUGAGCAGUGAAAAAUAUCGAAGAAUUUCCAAUUUAUAAACGGAAUAAGUGCUGGAAAGUGUGAAAAAAUUCUGAACCGAUUUAAAAACCGUGGCAGUCUUGAGUUAAAGAAAACUGAAUUAAUGUUCUCCACACCGGCUUUGCGGCUCUGAAUCCGGCUCUCAUUCCCCUCAUCCAUGCGCAACUAAUUUGCAAUGAUGAGUUAUCAGAAAGGUCUCAAGGAUCCAAGCGUGGACAGGCACACGAGUAAAGCCAAAUCCCGGCAUUUCACGGUCAACGGUCUUCUGAGUGCCAAUAACACGCUCCAGCAGCAGCAGAACCAAUACAACCUGCAGCCCUCGAAUGACAGUCGCAACAUCUACAACAAUCCCUAUAUUCCGCCGCAGCAGCAGCAGCAGCAGCAACAGCAGCAACAGCUGCAGCAGCAGACGCAGCAGCGCACCGCCCACCUGUUCAAGGCACUGGCUGCCUCCGCUGGCGGCACCAACAGCCUGACCCAUCCCUACGACUUCUCCAACUCAUCCUCCUCCUCCAACGCCAACAACGAGCACCAGGGAUCAUCCUCGUCGGAAGCGGAGAACGCCUUCCUAACUCAUAAUAACGGUAAGCCCGGACUUUGGAUUCUAAAAAUGUAUUUGCUAGCUGCAAGGUUUUUGGUCACGACUUUCGAAAGCAUCAGUAGUUCUGCCUCACUCGCCAAUCGAUAAAACACUUUCUA